UGCCAGACUAGUCGUGAACGAAACGUGAAACAGCAUUCGGGGCGGUUCGGUUAUGUAGUAGAAAUUUUCGUUUAUUUAGCUUAUUUUGAGUUGAUCUUUCGGUUCGGUUGAAAUUUAAUUUUGAUGUCGUAUGUGCAGGUUGCAGUUUGCGUUAGUUUUCCGUUCAGUUUUCGCGUGAUUAGUGUACAAAAGUAUGAUUGAAAGUGGGUGCUUUUCCAUCGGAUCGCGAAAAGUAUCGAGAGAGUUGGGCGAAAGAAUUCAGGACUAAGAAGGCUUGACGAGAAGAGUCAUAGGUGUGAGCGAGAUGUAGACAGUCAUCGUCGUCAGCAAAGUUGGUGGAAAAAUGCUGGGCGUACGGUGCUCGUGGUCGUUUGUGUUGGUGUAUGAAUGAAAUUGUUGUGAACGAACGACCUACUACAGUGUGUUGGGGCAUGGCCCUUUUCUUUCGUCGCGUGUACGAGUAGUGUAAUGAGUGCGAGCAAAAUCAUCCUGGUAGCAGAACAGCAAUAUGAUCAGCAGCGGAGAGAGCAAUCAAAAUUACUGAUGGCGAUUAUGGCGAUGGGGUAACGCAAGCAGCAUCGAUCUUCCACCUACUCAGUUUAGGUGCAGCGGAUUACUGAAAACGGUUUAUGUACCACAGAUGAUAACGAUCGGUGCCAGAGAUGACCCUCCAAGAAAUAUUUGCCAAGACCUGCUACGUUUAUCAUCCAUUCUGGUGUGGUGACUAAUCGUGGAUUAUUUGGGAGACAUUGCAUCGCCACAAUUCAAAGAGUAGAUAGCAAUGAGAUCUACCAGACAUCGAACAGUAGAAGUGUAUUAACCAAUCAGUAAGCCAGCCAGUGUGAUGUGUGGAAAAUUGUGCAGGGCUUAUCUAAUCUGAAGCGAAUAAAAAAAUAACAAAACAGUUGACUGCCAACCGCUGUUAUACUAAGUGAAUCAGAAGCAUCGCAAAAUAAAGAAGAGUGCAGUCGCUUGUGGAAGAGCCAACAGCAUAGUAAACCAUACCGAACCAACAUGAACGCUAUGUGAUUUUCGUUAUUAUGAGAAGUGAGAGCGCGCGCGGAUUGCAUUAAUUAUAAUCAGUGAGUUUCAAUAGAAGGUCUUUGGUCUGACGACUGAGCGCUUCUGUUAAUCGAGGCUGUGGCGACGACGACGUCCACGAUGACGAUGAUUCACAGAAACAUAAGUCAUAACCAUUUGCAGCAGACAGUAGUAGUGUGCAAUGUGAACUUUUAAUAUGAGCUACAAGUGAAAAUCGUCAAACAAGAAAAAAUAUUCACAAAAUAAUGGGUGAUACUAAAGUGAAACAACCAUAUUAUGGCACUCCGCCCCAUCACCAGCAGGCGACUACAUCGAAGGCCCCCGUUGCAGUAGGAUCUACCGUUGCUGAUGUCCAGAAAGGAAGUCCUUCUAGUUUAAAGAGUGGCGGUGGUGGUACCAGCAAGGAAGAUGGUGCAGCCAAGAGUCCUAGCAAAUAUGAACAGCUUAAAAGUCGAAAGGCUGAGUUGGAGAAGAGGCUUAACGAAAAAUAUGCUCAGUUACAACAAGUCAAACGCGAAGAGGCUCAACUCAUUGGUAUGUAUCCGAGUGAUUUCAGUGCUGGCAUUGGAAGUCAAGAUCAAAACGGAACGGCGCCCACCUUGAGACGGAAGAUCGGCACAAGCUUUAAACUACCGGAGAACCUACUGAAUAAUAAAGAGGAUGAUAUAAAUAAGCUGCUGCUCGAAAAACAAAUUCAACAACAGAUAUCAGAAGCUUCGCUGCGGAUGUCUAACGAUACCGCUCAAUCUAAGUCGGUUCGAAGGACACACAAGCAAAACUAUGAAACUGCUCAGCAGAAAUUACUAGCAAUUAAUCAAAAUCUAAGCGUACUCAAGAAACGUCAACAGCAAGCUGCUGAACAACAGAAAGCUCCUCCUGCAACUCGAGAUGAUAUAGACAUUCAUAAAAGCAGCAACUUCAAUCGAUUUCGAUCAAACAGCAAUAGUAGUAGCAUGGUGAUGAUGAAUGUAUCCGAGCGAAGGAACUCGGUGAAAUCAAACACCUCCUCAAAUCAUUCUAGCACCCUGAAUAGCUCAAUUGGUUCCGCUUCCAAACAGCAACAGCUUCUUGUUCAAAUCCCAAGUCAGCAGCAUCCAAACCAUUAUCAUUCGCAGCAGAUCUCUCCGUACUCGAUCCAUUCAGGUACCCUUUCGGUUAUGCCAUCGGGUUCGCAAAGUAUGACUCCUGCUACUUCAGCCGCGAUGGUAUCUCAGCUGAGUAUACUAAGACACCGUGGUCGACACGAUAGCUUUAGUGGUAUGAUUAGUUAUGAUUUGAGUGGUACCUCUGGAGACACGACCAAAUUAUCACCAGUCAGCGGGGGCAGUGGGCAUCACCAUCAUCUUCAUCAACACCAUCAUUUCCAGCAACAGCAGCCACAGGGGCAAAGCGGUCCUCAUCGAUUGAAUAAAUUAAUACAGCAACAAUUACACAGUUAUAGCCCUCCUCCGGGUCAUCACUCACAUGUAGGUAACUACGCUAUGUCACCUCCAGUAAGUGGUGGAUCGUCAACCGGUACGGGACCAGCUUUUGUAUAUGAUGCGAAAAUGAUCUCGAGACUUCAACCUCCUCCUCCACCACCUCCUCUCCCAGCGGCAAGCGCUUUGAAUGACCAAAACUACUGUCCCAAUACAUUGCCUGGCUUAAAUUACGAUCAACAACAGGACAGUACUGCCGCUGGUCUCGGUGGUUAUUGGAUGCUACUAGAAACGGGCGAAAAAGUUUGGUGUGCUGUUGACAACCGCUUCUCAAGCCUGGAUCGAAAGCAAGGUGGAGGCAGUAUGAAACUUUCCCGUUCUAAGCUUAGUCAGCACGCGCACGCUGCCCCUAUCAAAAGCAACUCGAUGGGAAAUUUUGAUUUCAUCAACAAACAACAUCAGCAACAACAACGACAGCAAUCGGAUGAAUCCAUUCAGCCCGAUACUAUUUCGGUAACAUCAGGUUCCAGUGAACAUAAGAAACGAGAAAAGGUUUGGCGGGAAACUUCGUUGGAUAGCCCUGUUGUAAAACACAAGGUACUACAAGGUUCGAUGAGCGUGAAUCCUCCUGCGCUUCCAGCAUAUCCAGAACCUCCACCACCACCACCUCCACAUUACAACUAUUCAUCGCAUUCAAACUCCGUACAAACUCCUCUACAUAUCAACACAAGUAACAAUUACGGUUUAUCAUCUCCUUCGUCGCCCUUGCUACUGUCACCUCAACAAAUGAAGUACUACCAACAAAAACAGCAGCACAUAUUAGAGCAGCAACGACAGCAACAACAAAUCAGGAUAAGACAACUAGAAGAACAAAAACAACAAGCGUAUCUACUAGAACAACAACAGCAACAUCAACAAAUGCUUCAGCAAAAACAUCUUCGAUCACCACCACAACCGCCGAAACAUCAAUCCCAAUUUGCACCAACUACCCAUACUCUGAACCAGCAACAAAGACAGCAGCAGCAUCUAGACCUCCUCCCUCAUUCCCCACAGUUCUACGAUCGGGAAAACCAUAAUCUUCCUCCACACUACUACCAAUCCCACGAAGCUAAUCCACCGCAAAACAAUCUUUCCUCGCGCCAUCCUGAUCUUCUCAUAUCACCAACCCUUUCGACAUCAUCAUCGAACACCCUCACAUCUCCCACCCUACAGCGACCCGUAUCGUGCGUUUCCCCGACCCCUUCCACAAUAACAACCACGUCUGCUGGUGCAGCAUCCAGCGGCGGAAUUCAUCUAACGCCGGACAUCCAAACGGAAUCCCCGAAGAAUGUAACCGUGGUUCAGCAGGGUAAAAUACAGCCCUACAAGGAAGUUACCAAACCGUUCGAAAUGUCCGACUUCUACAAAUAUUCCACCAAAUACCGGCAAAAGCAGCAAAUGCAGCAUCAACAGCAGCAGCAGCAUCAGCAGUAUCCUCAGCUUCCGACGACUGCAAGCGAAGAGCUGAGUCCGAAUGGGAACAGUUCCGGCGGCGGAGAAAUGAUCCAGAAGGUGAUCUAUCGACCGCCCAACCCGUCGAUUUGUCAUCCCGUCAACUACAACUGAACAGCGAGUAAGUCCGAGUGAUUAGUACUAUUAUGUUUUCAUAUUGAAAGCUAUUGUUUGUUUAACAAUUAUAAUCUUCAACGAUAUAAGUUAGUCUACGUAUAAUUUUCCUUGAAGAAAAUUUUUAUUGUAGGACUGGUUGAGCUACCGCUAGAAUCCUAGAGAAUGGGCGGUAUUCAUGAAGCACUGUUUGGGAAUGGCUCUUCCUUGUUCAUGAUUAGUUUCCAUCGGUCUUGCUAUAAAAAGAUUUUUUAUACAUAUUGGGUGUUCCAUUCUAUUCAGCGUUUGGUUAGUGUUACUAGUUAGAAGAAUUUGAAUGUCAAUCUCGGUUCACCUUUUUCUUUUUUUUUUGGAAAGGGAUGUUUUGUAGUGGAGAUUUGUUUGAGCAUAAAAUAUAAAAAUAUAUCGAAUGAGGUAAGAAUUUUCGUCGUACCGUAAAAUAGGGCAAAUAGAAACCAAAUUUCCUUAUAAAUAAUCCGGUCAAUCAAGUUAAUUACCUGUUUUUCUGGUAUUGGAUAGGGUGGUCCAAUUUACAAUGACAUUAAUUUACAAUGUUCUGAAAACUCAUUUGUGAAUAUGUACAUUAUGUGGAUGAUUUUGAUUUGAAACAUGUAUUGGAGGUAACCCUUUCUUUUAUUUCAAUCAAAGUUAAUUGCCUAUUUUCCGGGUAUGGCAAUCACACAUAUCCUCUACUUGAUUAGUUCAUUUGCUGAUGAAAAAUGUGUGUAGCUUCGACUAUGUGUCCGAUUGGGGAAUCUUGGGCUCAUUCAGUAGCCGCUAAGUUGCGAUGGCCGCCGAAUAUUAUUCGCAGCUUAGUUGGUUAAAAGCACCAGUCCAGCGUACUAAGGGUCGUGGGUUCGAAUCCCAUCAAAGGAAAGUGAUUACCUUCAAUCUUCUUCUUCUUCUUAUUGGCAUUACAUCCCUACACUGGGACAGAGCCGCCUCGCAGCUUAGUGUUCAUUAAGCACUUCCACAGUUAUUAACUGCGAGGUUUCUAAGCCAGGUUACCAUUUUUGCAUUUGUAUAUCAUGAGGCUAAACACGAUGAUACUUUUAUGCCCAGGGAAGUCGAGACAAUUUCCAAUCCGAAAAUUGCCUAGACCGGCACCGGGAAUCGAACCCAGCCACCCUCAGCAUGGUCUUGCUUUGUAGCCGCGCGUCUUACCGCACGGCUAAGGAGGGCCCAAUACAUUUCUCAAAUUAAAAUCUUCCACAUAAUGUACAUAUCAUAUUCAUAUCUGAGUUUGCAGAACAUUAGAAAUAAUAUUACUAUGCUAUAAUAAUCUUAAAAUCAUCCGGAAACAUGCUUUUGUUUUAUUUAGAUACUGCAUGGGCCCUCCCCUGAAUGAGGAAAAAAAAUAAGGGGAUACUAAAAUAAAUCCCACAAACAUAUUACACUAAAGCUAAUUUCGGAUUUCCAAUCAUGUCUAGUAAUAUUUGAUUGAAUUUAAAAAUAUUUCAUGAAACCAAUUAAAUCCACGAUUCCAAAAUAUAUAAGUCCCACAGAACUUGAAAAUUUUGAGAUUAUUUUCGAAGUUUAAGAUUUCUUCUAGGAAUAUUCUCCGUCUGUUUGAAAUCCCUAUUUUUUUUUUGUAAAUUCAAGAUUCUACUGCAGUCUUGGGAACAUCAGUACACUUUAAUAGAAUUUAUUUGGAUAUUCUUAAAUUCUUUAACUGCAAAACUUUUUUUGCGCUCAAAACGGGGGAGCGUAAAUUGAAUCAGAGCCUAAAAAGAGGGAGCGUUAUUUCGAAUUUAGGGCGUAAAAAAGGGAGCGUUAUUUGGAAUUUUGAGCGUAAGAAAAUAGAGCGCUAUUUGGAAUUUAGAGCGUAAAAAAGGUUGUAAAUUUUUUGGUAAGAAAAGUUUGAUAUUUAACUUACUUUUAGUCUUAAGAUGUGUCAUUUACCAAUUUCGGUAUUAGGGUCGUCCAAAUUGUUUUCGUUAUCAUGGUUGUCCAAUUGUUUGAGUGCUGAACUGCUGAGGCCUUAAGAUGUUCUUGGUACGCCAAGAAAUCAAGAAGUCAUAAGUUGUGGAGAUCCUUGAUGACGCAUAGUAAGACGUUCGUCAUCAUUUUCAAGUAUUUAUAGUUUUUUGAGAACCUCCUGGAACCUGUGUUUUGCUAUACAUAUGAUAGAAUGCGUACAUUGGAUAUGUUCAUGGUCAUCCAAGAAAACCCUGGAAUAGGCCUUAAGAUCUACACGCGUAACCAGAGAUCUUUCAGAUUGUUUCAAAAGUGGUACAUGCCCUUUGUGGUACGUAGAAUAGAAUGCGUCCAUUGCGUAGGUUCUUGAUAACCCAAGAAAACCCUGGAAUAGGUCUUUAGAUCUACACGCUUAGAGAUCUUUCGGCUUGUUUCAAAAGUGGCACAAGCUCUUUGUGGUACGUAUAAUAGAAUGCGUGCAUUGACUAGGUUCAUGGCCAUCCAAUAAAACCCUGGAAAAGGCCUUGAGAUCUACACGCGUAACCAGAGAUCUUUCAGAUUGUUUCAAAAGUAGUACAGGCCCUUUGUUGUACGUAAAAUAGAAUGCGUCCAUUGCAUAGACUCAUGGUCAUCCAAGAAAACCCUUAAAUAGGCCUUAAAAUCUACACGCGUAACCAGAGAUCUUUCGGAUUGUUUCAAAAGUGGUACAUAUCUUUUGUAGUACGUAGAAUAGGAUGCGUCCAUUGCGUAGGUUCUUGGUAAUCCAAGAAAACCCUGGAAUAGUACUCAAGAUCUACACGCGUAACCAAAGAUCUUUAAGCUUGUUUCAAGAGUGGUACAAGCCCUUUGUGGUACAUAGAAUAGAAUGCGUCCAUUGCAUAGGCUCAUGGUCAUCCAAGAUAAUCAUGGAAUAGGCCUUAAGAUCUACACGCGUAACCACAGUAAUCCAUCAAGCAGAUUGAUCCACCGAUCUUGACUCUAUGGAGUUCGUAGACUUCCUGGAACCCACGACGACAACAAGAAGGUCACAAGGAGUCACACAACUAGUUUAUUUUUCAAUAACUGCCUCUAUUAAGGAUAUUGAUCCUCAUAUCUUGACACUAUGGAAUUUGUAGACUACUUGGGACAAAUGACAACAACAUGGACUACCUGGAAUACAAACAUACCAAGUAGGGGUAAGGGGCCCUCCUUAGCCGUGCGGUAAGACGCGCGGCUACAAAGCACGACCAUGCUGAGGGUGGCUGGGUUCGAUUCCCGGUGCCGGUCUAGGCAAUUUUCGGAUUGGAAAUUGUCUCGACUUCCCUGGGCAUAAAAGUAUCAUCGUGUUAGCCUCGUGAUAUACGAAUGCAAAAAUGGUAACUUGGCUUAGAAACCUUGCAGUUAAUAACUGUGGAAGUGCUUAAUGAACACUAAGCUGUGAGGCGGCUCUGUCCCAGUGUGGGGAUGUAAUGCCAAUAAGAAUAAGAAGAAGAAGUAGGGGUAACACAACUUGUUUGUUCUUCAGUAACUGCCACCAUUACGGAAGUCGAUCCACAGACCUUGAAUCUAUGGAGUUCGCAGACUACCUUGAGCCCACGACAACAACAAGAACUACUUGGAAUACAAUCAUAUACCUAGGCCACACAACUUGUUUAUUCUACAAUAAGUGCCUCUGGUGACAACGAGAUGGAGCUCGUUGUUUGAGAUCCAGUUGUGAGGCCACCAGGCCCGAAUUAUAUACCGCAGGCAUCUGUUAAUGAACACCUGCAGCCGUUGAGUGUUCUCCACUGAUACACACCAUGUUUCGCUAGCGUAUAACAGCACAGAUUUCACGUUAGAAUUGAAAAUUCGUAUUUUGGUGCGUUAUCUGCCUGUUUUUCCAGAUAUUUCUUAAACUCGCAAAGGCUGCCCUUCCUUUCUUGAACCGUGCGCCUAUGUCGAUCUUGGUACCGCCGUCUGACGCGAUUUGGCUACCAAGAUAUUGGAAGCUUUCAACAUUCUCCACUGAUUGCCCGGCUACUGUGAAACUGGAAGGAGUUACCGUGUUUACAUCCAACGAUUUGGUUUUGUUGACGUUGAUGACUAAACCUGCCGAAGAGGAGCGCUCGGCAAGGUCGUUGAGCUUACUCUGCAUAUCAGAGCGCCGUUGCGCGAGGAGUGCAACGUCAUCAGCCAAUUCGAAGUUGUUUAGGUGCUCCAUGGUUAUAGGCUGCCACUUCGCAUGCAAGCAUAAAUUCUGUUCCUAGAACAUCCGCAGUACUGAGAUCAUCUAAAAACAGCUUCCGAAACUAAUCCAAAUUUGCCGCACAUAAAUGCUCCUAUAGGGCGUAAAAAAGGGAGCGUUAUUUCGAAUUUGGAGCGUAAAAAGAGGGAGCGUUAUUUGGAAUGUUUAGCGUAAACGGAGGGAGCGUUUUACAGUAAUUUCAAAAUUAAGGAACCAAUAGAACGUAUACAACGUAAGUCCUAACAUUUUUCUAAAUCAAAAAAAUUGGACGAAUUAAAUGUUGAAAAUUCGAAAAUUUUCCACAGAAAUCCAAAAUUUACUUUGAAAUUUAGUUUUCCACAACAGCGCAUGACCUUUAAGCGCCUAUAUGGAGUACAUACGUUGUUAUUGGUUUUGUACCGAGUCCAGUUGAAUUUAAAGACCAAUAGGUUUAAUGUCUAGAAUGAUCCGGUUUGGCCAUAUCUAAAUCGUCAAUCAUGCGCAUGGCCUCUAAGGGCAGGUAUGGACACCAUGGAUUGCUAUUGGUUUUAAACCAAGCCUAAUUGACCUAGUAGGCUAAGCUUCUGAACCCCAGAAUGCUUUGGAGAACCUAAAACAUCUGUAGAAAUAUUGACUGCUCUCGUUGUUCGUCAUCUCUGAAAUAGCAUUGGGAGUUUUUUUUUAGGAAAAAACGUGCUAAAAUCGUUCAUGCGCGGUAUUAUUGUGCAAUUUUCGCCAGACUUAAAAAAAUAUAUCAUUAUACAAAGUUGUAGGAAAAAACAUCAUGGUGAAAGUCCACUAUACAAUGCUUUCUAUAUGUAACCUUUGGAACGAGCUAUUGAGAAAUAAUCGGCUACAUUCUUAAUUCGCCUACCCCACGCUCAAUAAAUAAGACUCGUCGAGAAAUCUACGACAUACUGGAAACGUGUUUUUUUUUUCGAUAUCUAGCUGAACGUAUGCGUUGUCGGUAACAAAAAAAUACAGAAAUAAUAUCGGAAUCUGUUUGACUGGACAAUUGCGGUUGAUUCAAUUGAAACAUUUCAGAUCAUCUUCUCCUACGUGUAUUGUUAAAAAGCCAUUCCCAACCCUCUAGUGCGUUUCCUACCAUUAAGUUCAUCAUUACCACUCUGUCUUCAUGCUGCUAAUAUCGUUAAUAUGGACAAGCCAGGCUUAUGAGAAAAGAACUUGUACGUACGAGAUGAAGAAAACGAUGCAUCUAAACUCGAUUGUUUAUGUUUGACAUAAAUAUGGAUGGAAAAUAUUGCUGAGAUGUCUAGAUAAAGUUGUUAACACGCAUGUUUGAUUUCAAACUCGACAAUGGCAAUUAACGUUACGUUUCAGAUUAACACACUAUAGCUAAAUCAAUAUUGAGACAUAAAGCUCCUCUAGGAAACAUAUGUGAUUAAAGGUAGCAGAGGUGAUAUUUUUGAUUUAUUUUGAUUUAUUAUCGAAAUAUAGGGCAACAAGACCUCUUUUCCAUACUUCAUGACUUAAUGAACUUGAGUUUACUCAAUUCGACUAAGAGAGAAUAGCCACAAGUCUGCAACUCCAUAAAUAGCUUACGAGACCGAAUGCAUUUAAUUGAAAACAAGUGUAAACCAAUUAGCAUCCCACAUUUACAGAGAUAAGACUGUCAGCUACUUGGACAAGUAGCUACACAUGAACCGUUGCUAGUAAAAGUGGUCCUACAUUAAUUAGUUCCAUGGUAUGGUACAUGAAUAUAUUCAUUUAAUUAUUGUUUUCGUCCCGAUUUCUUUCAAACAUUUUUGUUAAACUUCUAUGUGUCUUGAUUUUUUAAAACAUGUUUUAUCAUGAAUUUGUUCGUUGUAAUUGCUAGCUCGGAACUAUUGGAUAUCGCCUCUCGUUGAAUUUACUCCAAUGGACAUGUACCAUUUUUAUUGGCAAUGGUUCAAAUUACUAAUGGUAAUGCCAUGGAGCACUACUAGACUGCUGUUUCUACACGUAAUAAACAUCAAUUCUAUCGUCGGCCUUAACAUUUGAUUGUGAAUAAUUGAACAAGCAAUACACAAUAUGAACAAAUUUUCCAAAAAAGAGAAAAUCAAAAAAGUACCUUGAAUUAUAGUUCAGAUAGGCAUAGUUAGUAGCAAAGUCAUACACAAUAUUUUCAGAUUGUUCUAUACUAUAGGGAUAGCUUUUAAAAUCAUAAUUCCCAGAAACAAAACAAAAAAAUAUGCAAGAAAAAUUUAAUUUACACACACAUAUAUUGUUGAUAAUGUAGAGUAAGCGUAUUGAGACAAUAAAAUAAAAUCCACAAAAAAAUUGUUGGAGCUGUCAUUGGCAGGGGAUUAAACCAAUAAAGGUGUAAUAUUCAGAUUACGAUCAUUUCCGAAGUAUUUGAGAUGAUAAUUGACAAUAAGAAAUGAAAUGAAAAUAACUUUGCAUCAAGAUAUUCUUUACCAUGUCAAUAAAUUCGUAAUCUGAAUAGGCUAUAAGGCUGAAUAAAAACGGUCUUAUUAUGAUAUUUGAAAUCGACUUUGAUGUGAUUUUGGUCUGCCUUUGUAAAUAAUGUUUGCUAAAACUGUUGAUGAAUUAAAAUUUAUUGAUUGUGUAAUUGCUCUACAUUGUAGAAAUAUUGCAAAUAAUACACUGGUUAAUUCGUUUUAAGAUAGAAGUGUGGUAUACACCUAUAUACAAUUUUGUAUGAUAGCUUAUAUUGAAUAAAGUGCAUAUUGAUUUACGAAGAAAA